AUGGCUUCACUCUUCCUCGGAGCUCCUCCCAUGGCAAUUCCUAUGGCCUCCAAAUCUAUCACUCUUUCCUUCUCCAAAUCCCAAUCCUUGUUCAACGCUUCACUCUCGACUUCUCUCACAUCAAUCUCAUCUCCACUCACUCCUCCAGCUCUCCCUUCAAUAUACUGUGGCAGAGGGGACAGGAAGACUGCUAGAGGCAAGCGUUUCAAUCACUCCUUUGGCAAUGCGAGGCCGAAGGACAAGAAUAAGGGAAGAGGACCGCCGAGGGUUUCGGUACCGCCGGCGCCGCCGAGGAAAGAUAAGUAUGAUGAUGGAGAGGUGGUUAAGAUUGAAAUUGAUGAAUCUUUAUUUUCUAAUUGA